AUGGCAGGUCCUCCAGUGGCAGGACCGCCCAUGGCAGGUCCCCACGUGGCAGGCCCCCUCAUGGCAGGCCCGCCCAUGGCAAGUACCGGUAUGGCGGGCCCGCCCAUGGCAGGUCCCGGUAUGCUUGGUCCUCCGGCUCCGGCGACUGGUUCUCUGAUGCCCGGUCCGAUGCCUCGCCCGAUGUCCGGUCCGAUGGGAGCGGUGUACGAUGCGAGUGGGGGCGGGGGUUACAUCCCAGGGGCCCCGUACCCACCUGCGCGGCCGGCGCCGGGUGUCCAGCCGCCGGCUGACUUCGGCUAUAACCGCGUUCCUUCGCCGAAUUCGCGAAUGGCACCCGCCGCGUACACGCAGAUCCUCGCGGCCUACCCCCCGUCGGUGUCCUACUCGCACCACCUCCCUGACAAUGUGGAUGUGGUGGUUGACAACGACACGCAACGACGCAGGCAACUAUAUAUAAGGGUCUCCGGAGGCGCCCUGACCCCGAAAGGUACAGUAGAUUUCAACGCAGUCUCGACGCCGACGGUAGAAGCCCCGAUUGAGGGGCAAGCCACGACUGAAAAGCAAGCCACAACUAAGGGGCAAGCCACGACUGAGGGGCAAGCCACAACUAAGGGGCAAGUCACGACUGAGCGUCAAGCCGCGACUGAAGGACAAGCCGCGACUGAAGGGCAAGCCGCGACUGAAGGGCAAGCCGCGACUGAAGGGCAAGCCGCGACUGAGGGGCAAGCCACAGCUCAGGGGCAAGUCACGACGGAGGGGCAAGCUACAGCUGAGGGACCGGUAACGACUGACGGGGAGGCAGGAACUGGCGGUUACUCCGUCACAGGCACGCUGCCCUCGUUAGGUGAUCCAGCCGCCCAUGACACAGCGGGCGUUGCUAGUGACCUGGUUGCAAGCGACCUGGUUGCAAGCGACCUGGUUCGGGGCGAUAGCGGCACGGCCUCAACUGCGGCCUCCACCAUCGGCGAUUCGAGUUCCGUUGUCCACUCCGUUGCUGCCGCUCACUCCGUUGCUGCCGCUCACUCCGUUGCUACCACUCACUCUGAUGCGACCAGCGUCGAUGAAAGCGUUAGAGCGGAUGCGAGUUUGUUGGACCUGCCUGCUUACCUGACGGCGCACCAGCAGGUAUUCUUCCAGUUCAUCGUGCCGGAAAUUCCGCGGUCGUACGCGACCUGGUCUUCGUCUUCAGUGUUCGACUGGAUCGUGUGGAAGUGUGUCCGGGGACAAAUUAUGGGAGCGUGUGUUUACAAACAUGCCGUAACACCAAACGAAGUACUCCGGUCGCUGGCUCUGCUCUUCCGCAUCGACCCGAACCGCUUACUCCUUCAACCAGCAACGCCAUACACACUCGCCAGUCUACGUUUCAACUCUGGUGAACCGAAGCUCUAUCUCUUCCUCAACCCACUCCCGCCACUCGUCGAACUGCAUCUCGACGUAAAUAGCGCAUUUCUGAAUGCCUCCUGCCUCUCACUCUACCAAAAGGCAAUUGCCUCCUAA